ACAUCGUUGAAAUUCUAACCUCAUCCCCUAUUCGACCCUAAUACCAAACACCACACCACCUCUCUCUCUUCUUUCUCUCUUUCUAACCCUAACGAAGACUUUCGUUCUCUUCACAAUACGAUGCUCUGAUCCGAGAUAUUUUGCUCCCUGGAUCCGAUUCGCGAGAUUAAUGCUGUUUGAAGUAGGAUAGCAUAUUAAAUGGAUGAUGAUUGUACAGAUGGAUAAAAUGUCUGCUCCUUCUUCAAGGGAGCGUGCCCAACGCCUUUAUGAGAAGAACAUGGAAUUGGAGAAUAGGCGUCGGAGGUCAGCCCAGGCACGAGUCCCAUCAGACCCCAAUGCCUGGCAACAGAUGCGUGAGAAUUAUGAAGCGAUAAUUCUUGAGGAUCAUGCUUUCACUGAGCAGCACAACAUUGAAUAUGCUCUAUGGCAGUUGCAUUACAAGCGAAUUGAGGAAUUGAGAGCACACUUCAGUGCUGCUCUAACUUCUGCAGGUUCAAACACAUCUCAGGGUGUGAAGGGCCCUACACGACCUGAUCGAGUUACAAAAAUAAGACUGCAAUUCAAAACCUUUCUUUCAGAGGCAACUGGGUUUUACCAUGAUCUCAUUCUAAAAAUCAGAGCGAAGUAUGGGCUCCCUUUGGGUGGUUAUUUCUCUGAGGAUACAGAGAACCAAAUUGUUACAGAGAAAGAUGGGAAGAAAUCUGCUGAAAUGAAGAAAGGUCUGAUAUCUUGUCAUCGUUGUUUGAUAUACUUGGGUGACCUUGCACGUUACAAAGGAUUAUAUGGGGAGGGUGACUCCAAAAGUCGGGAGUUUGCGGCAGCUUCAAGUUACUACUUGGAGGCUGCAUCUCUUUGGCCAUCAAGUGGGAAUCCCCAUCAUCAGCUUGCCAUAUUGGCUUCAUAUUCUGGGGAUGAGCUGGUGGCUGUUUAUCGAUAUUUUCGGAGUCUGGCAGUGAAUAGUCCCUUUCCAACUGCGAGAGAUAACUUGAUUGUUGCGUUUGAGAAGAAUCGUCAGAGUUACUCUCAACUGCCUGAGGAUGUUAAAGCUUCUGUGGUCAAGGAGUCACCUGUGCGGUUGACUGGCAAGGGAAGAGGGAAAGGGGAUACUAAAUUUGCAUCAAAAGAUACUAACUCAGAAGGCAGCCAGGUUAAGGAGAGAGCAUCUACUUUGCCCGAGACAUAUAAAUCCUUUUGCAUCCGUUUUGUUCGUCUGAAUGGCAUUCUUUUCACACGCACAAGCCUGGAAACAUUUGCAGAAGUUCACUCGUUGGUUAGUGGUGGUUUGCGUGAGCUUCUGUCUUCUGGGCCAGAAGAAGAGCUGAAUUUUGGUGCUGAUGCCAUUGAGAAUGGACUUCUCAUUGUUAGACUUAUCUCCAUUCUUAUAUUCACAAUUCAUAAUGUAAAAAGGGAGACAGAAGGUCAGACAUAUUCAGAGAUUGUACAACGUGCUGUUCUACUUCAGAAUGCCUUUACUGCAGUUUUUGAGUUGAUGGGGCAUAUAUUGGAGAGAUGUGUGCAGCUGCAUUAUCUUUCUUCAAGUUACCUCUUGCCUGGCAUUCUUGUGUUUGUAGAAUGGUUGGCGUGUUGUCCUGAUGUUGCGGCAGGGAGCGAGGCGGACGAAAAACAGGAAAGUGUUAGAUCAAAAUUUUGGAAAAAUUGCAUAUCUUUCCUGAAUAAGCUCUUGUCCAAUGAGCCGAUGUCUAUUGAUGAUGGUGAAGAUGAGACUUUCUUUAAUAACACCAGGUAUGAAGAAGGGGAAACUGAAAACCGACUUGCUUUGUGGGAGGACUUUGAGUUAAGAGGAUUCUUGCCACUUCUUCCUGCACAAACCAUUUUGGAUUUUUCGAGGAAGCACUCCUUUGGAGGUGAGGGAAAUAAAGAAAAACUGGCCCGUGUUAAAAGGAUUUUAGCAGCAGGGAAGGCUCUAGCAAAUAUGGUUAGGGUCGAUCAAGAAACAAUACAUUUUGAUUCAAAGGCCAAGAAAUUUGUUAUUGGUAUUGAGCCUCAAAUCUUAGAUGAUUGCGUGUUUACUACCACCUAUGCAGGCAUGCCUAAUACGAAUGGUAUGUUGUAUGAAAAUCAGAUGGAGAAAACAAAGAAUUUGGGCAUCCUGCAGCCAAAUCCUGAGCUAUACAUGGAAGGAGAAGAGGAGGACGAGGUAAUAGUUUUUAAGCCAACAGUGGCUGAGAGGAGAACUGAUGUGAUUGGUUUGAAAUGGGACCCGUAUGAGGGCCUGGAGCCUGGUCAAAAUGCUUCAGCAGGUGAUCUUAAAUUUCUUGGUGGUUCUGUUUCAGCCCCUCUAGGUAAUCUCCGGCAGCAGAUUGCUCUUGAUGUGGAUUCACAAGUGCCGACCUCUGUUGGUAAUAUGGUCCCACAGCAUCUCCAACCUAUUCAAUCUCAUGCUUCGAAGUGGUCAGUGGAAGAGGAAGCUCUUCUUGCUAAUGGCUUGAAAGGUCUAAGGUUUGUGGAGAAUGGGCACAUAAUGAAAUCUGAACAAGAUUUUGGCAUAUCAACUCCUGCGCUUUCAGCUUCCAUCCAGCAAGCUGUCAGUGCUAAUACUAGUGGUAUGUCUUACAGUUAUACAAAAGCUCCAGAAGCUGUGACUCUUGCUUUUACAUCAUCUCGGGCCAUGCCUGACAAUUUGGCUGUGAAGACCUCAUCAGCAUUGCCAGCAGGCUUGCGAAAGAAUCCAGUUAGUCGGCCUGUUAGGCACAUUGGGCCUCCCCCUGGUUUUAGCCCUGUUCGCUCUAAGCAAGUGAAUGAAUCCAUUUCUGGUUUAGACUUGGUAAGUGGUAAUCCACUGAUGGAUGAUUAUAGCUGGUUGGAUGGAUAUCAGUUGCCAUCAUCAACGAACAGCCCUGGGCCAAAUGGGCCAAAUAGUUCCGUCAAUCACCCAUCUUAUUCAAACCCCCAGCCCAUCAGUAUCAGCAAUGGCUUUAGUGGGACAGUCAGCUUUCCAUUUCCUGGAAAACAAGUUCCAACCAUACCCUUCUCAAUGGAAAAACAAAAUGGCUGGCAAGAAUACCAGACACUUGAGCAGCUAAAUCUACACAAUGAACAGCAGUUGCAGCAGCAGCAUCAGCAUCAACUCAUCAAUGGAAAUCAGCACUUUACUCCAUUGCCUGAUCAAUAUCCAGGACAAUCUGUCUGGACAGGUCGUUACUUCGUGUGACGUCAAAUGAGAGUAUAGGUGGUCCUCGAGAAUGAUUCUGGUGUAUGUACUGCAUCCUUUUGCUACCAACUUUAAACUCCAACUUUGCAGCCUUGACAAUGUUGAUUUUGUUGGAGCAUGGGUGGCAUUGGCUUUCGUGCAGGCACUUGCUACUACACAAAUUUCAUCGAGCUCUUGAGCCUGGAGGAAGAAAUAUGAAACAUCCACUAUGAUUUGAAGUUUGUAAGAAGUAAAUGCUUUGUCUGGUUACUUGGGAUGGAUAGAACGUGUUAGUACGAUCAUCUGUUGGUUUUGGGCAUUUCGUCUCAGGCAAUUGGUGGAAUAUAGAUGUGCUCCCAUUCUACUCAACUGUUAUGACAGUAUAGCUGUCAAAAACACUGUUACUGUCUUCAGCUGGCAGCAGAUAAAUAUAUAUAAAGAGUAAAUGCUACUUGACAAGUUCUUUGCUAUGAAGCUUUGGAUAGGCUCCAUUUGAUUCGGGAAGGUUGCUGGGUAUCAGCAAGUUGGAUGGUGGGAAACAUGGUGAAGAGUAUAUUUGGGUGAGUGCAAGUGUGAUGUGUAAUGGUCGUUGCUUCUGGAUCAAAGACUUGUUAUAUUGUUACUAUGCUCUACUUACUUGGUGGUUAUAUAUGGGUGAGUAUAUGAUAGGUGAUGAUAUAAUACCAUUUUGGUGAAGUCGGGCUUGACUCGAACUUUUUUUUUUAUUUUUUAUUUUCUGAUGAAAUAAUCUCUCUGGAAUAUGCCUCUUAUGUUAAAAGUCGUAUUAUAUCUGAGAUAAGAUUUGGUUUA